CUCCUCAUUUGGGCCUGGCUUGGGCACAUUCUCCUCCUCCUCCUCUCUUCGGCUGGGCCUUCUCUCCUCGUCUCCUCUCUCUCUCUCUCUCUCUCUCUCUCUCAUGGCGGCGGCCACUUCCUCGUCGGCGGUGGCGGUAUCUACGCCGCAGGGAGUGGCGGAGCGGCGGGGGAUCCCGGCGGCUUCCUUCGUCGAGGAUGUCGAGACCUACCUCCGACAGGCUGGGCUCGAGGUCAACUCCGCACUCGCCUUCCUCCAAGAAAGGUUGCAGCAGUACAAAAUGGUGGAGAUGAAACUUUUAGCACAACAAAGAGAACUUCAGGCGAAAAUUCCUGAUAUAGAGAAGUGCUUGGAUAUUGUUGCGACGUUGAAAGCUAAAAAAGCUUUGGGUGAGGCACUCAUAUCCGAUUUUGAAUUAUCUGAGGGAAUCUAUUCGCGUGCUAAAAUCGAGGACUCUGACUCGGUGUGCCUAUGGUUGGGUGCAAACGUGAUGCUGGAAUACUCCUGCGACGAGGCCAAUGAGCUCCUGAAAAGUAACUUGGAUAAUGCAAGGGCCAGUUUAGAAGUCCUUGUUGGUGACCUUCAUUUCUUGAGGGACCAACAAACAAUAACCCAGGUUACGAUUGCUCGGAUAUUUAACUGGGACGUGCACCAGCGGAGAAGCAAACAGCCUGCUAUGAAAGGAACAUGAUCAUCAUAAGGUGUGCGCAGCCAAUGAAAUCGGGUUAUUUUUGUACUUCUUGCCGCCUUUAGCGAUUUAGUCUAUCGUCAUAGUAUGUGUGCCCUUUGCUGGUGAUGGUGCCUUGGCCGCGUGACAGAAAUGUAUCAAUCGCAUUCAGUUUUAUGGUGUUGGAACUCUAGACCUUGUGGUGUAGAAGAUGACGUUCGCUUCUGUUUUGGGCUACAUGUAUUUGUUUAGCGCUUGAUUGAAACAAAAUUUACAGAUCGUUA